GGAUCUGUUUUAUGUCACAGUCGCAUUUUUCCUACAGGUGGCUGCUAAAACUAGAUCAGUACAAAAGUAAAACAAUAGGCCUAAUUCACAGUGUUAAACAUCCCGUACAGCUACAUGUACACUAUACUACAUGUAUAUUGUAUCAGAACACCUGAUAAUGUUAUACAAUGUACCAGUAUGUACAUACAGCACUAAUGAAUGCUUAAUGAAAACCCAACCCUGCUUAAAAUUAAUAGGACAAAUGUAAAGUUUGAAGGAAUUUAAGGUAAAGUUAAAAAAUAAAAAAACCAAAGGAUUACACGUGACUUUGGCCGCCCAUACACACCCGUGUACACAUGUAAAUUGGAGACAAACUGAGAGUGGUCUGUAUUCAUAGUCAGUCAAGCACCAAUCAUAUCCUGAAUUGCUAUUUCAUCAUUCAUAUUCACGGUUGGAUGAACGGACAUUUACCGGUAUAGUAAUUUAACCUUGUACUGCCCACUGAUCGCUGUCACACACAUGUACACAAUAUGCAUGUAAUGAUGUACAUGUACUGGUAGAUCAUACCGUACGUGUACAUGGCCAUGCACAGUGCAUGCAAAAGUUCAGUCUGAGUACCGUAUUGUAUUGGUCGGUCCUCUGUGAGGACUUGAGCAGAUGGUGAGUUUUGAAUGGUACUGGGUGUGUGCAGAGGUAGCCCAAGCACAGCUACAUGUAAGUUUCAGGUCAGGCCCAUUUAGUGAUCGAGUGCCUUCUUGGCAGACCCGGGAGAAGGAGAAUUGAAGUCAGUAUGAGGUUACGAAGAAUCCACAAACUGGUGAUAGCUGUCACAUGCCUCCUCAUGUACACCGUGUACAGGGUCACCAAUGAUGCAAGUGACGGGAAUCGGCAUGAUGGGGACAGCCAUGUACAGCAGGCUCCAAAUGCGGCAAACCCGGUCGAGCCUGUGCGGCCAAAGAUGGAAGACGCCAGGGUGCCUAGACUUGAAAAACAGGACAAGUCGGUCGUGGCUGUGCAGCCUCCGGUCAAACAGUCCGACUCCGAGAUCCCCGUGGUCAACCCCGUCAACGUCGGCACCAACAGGACUGGGCAGGCGGAGCGAAUCAGGCAGGCCAUCCUGGAGAUCAACAGCCGGGAGGAGAUUCACAACCUGGCCCGGUUCCCGUUGCGGUCCAAUGCCAGUGUCGUCAUUUUGGUCAUGGUGCACAAGAGACUGGAGUAUCUACGUUACCUCAUCGAUUCCUUGCGGGGAGUGCGGGACAUUGGUGAUUCCCUGCUCAUAUUCAGCCAUGACUAUUACUCAGAGGAGAUCAACGCUCUGGUCAAAACGGUUGACUUUUGUCAGACUAUGCAAAUUUUUUAUCCGUAUUUAUUGCAAAUCUACGAGAAUGAGUUUCCAGGAGAGGAUCCCGGUGACUGCCCUAGAGACAUGAAGAGAGACAAAGCCAAAGAGAGGAAAUGUAACAACUGGGAGCACCCAGACAAGUACGGUCAUUACCGAGAGGUGCGAUUUGUCAUGACCAAGCAUCAUUGGUUCUGGAAGCUCCAGCAUGUGUUUGGGGGUCUAGGCGUCACCAAGAGCCACAAAGGUCUAGUCUUGCUCAUUGAAGAGGACCACUACAUGACUCCCGAUGCCUACUACUUGCUGCAAAAGAUGUAUGAACUGAAGGGCAGCAAAUGUCCUGAGUGUGAUAUUUUCACAUUAGGGACAUAUGAGAAGAGCAGACGAUACAAGGAGAGGGGAAAUGUGGUAGACGUGCUUCAGUGGUACUCUUCCAGGCACAAUAUGGGCAUGGCCCUGGACAGGAGUACGUGGGAGAGACUCCAACCUUGCGUGAAGGAAUUUUGCAAGUACGACGACUACAACUGGGACUGGACGUUACAACACGUCAGCCUGACCUGCCUGAAGCCUAGCCUGACAGUCAUGGUCCCCAAAGCACCACGGAUCUUUCACAUUGGUGAAUGCGGCAUUCACCAUAAGGGCAGGUGCGACGCAGCCAUGCUAGUCAAGCAGCUGGACAGCACCGUGGCAGCCAGCGCCGACUACCUCUUCCCUGGCAGCCUGGCUGUGACGCCGCCCACCCGUGCCCUGUACAGGAAGCUGCCCCGCCCCAACGGGGGCUGGGGGGACGUGCGGGACCACGCCCUCUGCAUGGCAUACGGCCAGAUGGGUGCCGCCGCCAAGUCGAAGUUAUGAUGAACGGCCGCGUCGGCCACGCCCUUGUGCCUUAUUUUCCUCUAAUAGUCCCUCUGAGAUGCUGAACUACACGAUUUUUACAAUUUCUAGUGCAAGAACACUGUGAGUGGUAACCAGCAGUACACGGCCUUUCUUCAAAGCAGAUUCGUAAGGCUGGAUUCCUCUCUUUUAUUACUAGGGAAACCCAAAUGGCUUUCACAUUGUUUCACCUAUCUGACAAUUGAGAUUUAAUCCCUGACCAGUUAUUUUUUCUUCUUUUGUUGUGGCAGGUUUUCUGUCGUUUAUGAAAUCAAAUGUUAAUGUAUAUAAAGGCAUUCAGAGAUGUAAUUCUUUGCUGAAGCUACAAAAGACAUUAUUUAAGAACAGACUUUAUGCAUUCCUUGUGUUGCCCUUAAUCAUGAUAAAUUACUGAAUUCCCUCAUAGUCAGACCAAAAGCAAACUAACGUUGUUCUUUGACUUGUCACAUUUUGGUUCUGUCCUGUCAUUUUAACUUUUACCAUCAUUAUUCAACAGGUCUACUGCCUCAUUGAAUGAGUGGUCAAGGUGUUGAAUAUGUGGUUCAGUUAAGAUAUGAAAUCAUGGACAAGAAAGAGUGAAAAAACACAUUGGAUAAAAGUGAAAUUGUGAAAAAGUGAAAUUCAAAAGAAAAAAUUACGAAUGUUGAAAAUUUAGGUUUAAAAGGUUGAAAAAGGGAUUCAUUGAAUGUAAAAAUGUGGGAGAACAUUUCCCGAAGACACCAUAUCAUUUGAUUUCUUCCUCGUUGUGGCUCGAGUGCUGAAAGUCUUUCCUGUGUAAAUCUUAAACAUUUUGACGUCAUGCUUUCUUUACAUUUGUGCUCUUCUAUGGGCACUUGAACGAUCAUGGCCCACCUCACUGCCAUAGGAAAGCGAUUGAUAUCGGUUACUCCAAAGAAACUAUCAGCUAAUUGCACUUGCUGAGAUUCGGAUUCAGGCAAACAGAAUUGCAUAACCCGCUGGGCUAUUUCUAAAGAUCUCCCCUUUACACGCUUUAGAAUCGAAAUUACACCGUGAUAUAGGGUGAACAUUCCACAUAGCAUGAAUUCACCUUGAGUAAACGUAUUUCAGAUCUGAUUUACAGGUAAGGUAAUAUCAUUUGACCAAGGUACAGGGGGUUUAAAGGAAGAAUGCUUUGUAAAUGUUCGAUUGUGACAGAAUGAUUGUGGGCUUAUUUGGUUGGGUAGCCAAUAGACUUCAGUAAGGAUGACGACUCACUUUGCACACAUUGUGUAUAAUGCGUGUGUACUUUCCUGUGGGUGGUCAGUGGACUGUGGGCCCCUACUGGCUCCACAGGACAGUGUACAUGUAAUGCUCAGUGCAAGAAUCGCUUGACUUGGUUAUACCACAUAUAUACUGACUGGAUAACCUACAUGCCUGUAUGUCUGUAUAUCGCCAUGCCUCAUACAAAUGAGGACUCUGUGGCUGGAGCUCCUUUGGACCUCAGCAGGUGGCUGGCACCCCGUUCUGUGCAGCCGAGUGCGUUUAUAGUUUGCCAGGUUUUUAAACAUCAGGGGUGAGAUUUCUCGGCUUUUUAGCUGAUUUCAGCUUUUUGUUUGGGACUUCAGCUUUUUUUCCUCUCUGGCUGUGUACAAAAGUAUAGGAGAUGUUUACAGUUCAACUUCUUUAUGUCUUUUUCAGCUGUUUUCAGCUAUUUUUAUCAUUGGUCAAUCUCAUCCCUGCAUUGUUGAGCCAUACCCUAAUUAUUCUUGGGUUAAAAUUAUAGAUAUUAUUUUUUGUAUCCCUAGUGUAACUAAAACUAGAGUGAGCACACAUACAGGUGUUACAGUCUCCUGUUAAGACUUUAUUCAGUACAGAAAUGCAACUGGGCUUCCGAAAGUUGAGGCCUGUCGGCAGCCUAUCAGCCCUCAGUUCCCAGUCAGCAUGCUGAUCAGUGACAAAAUAUGUAACAGUUUGAAGUAUGAAUACUGCUCUCGUGAAAUUUUCUGUUUCAUGAUGUGGAAAAUGGCCUCUUGGGGGCACUGUUCUCAACAUCUGUGUUUUCAACCCUCUACUGACUCUCCCGUUGUCCACAAAUUGCAUCUUCCUUUUUGGGGGUGGGCCUGUUGUCUUCAGUUUUUAACCAGAUAUGCUAUUUUUCAAUUAUUUGUAGAGAUUGAGAAUAUCUUUUGAAAGCUACAUUUUUUUUGCAUCUACUUGUAAAUGACAACUUUAGCAGUAAUGGGUACCUCAUUUGUUUUUUUAAAAGGUGAUGGCAUUUGAUUUGUUUCCCCGAAAAGAUACAGCUGUGUACAUUUUACUUGUACAAAAGAGGAAAAAAGGAAAUUGCUUCUGACAGCUGGGUCAUUCCAUGAGGUUUGGGCACAAUUUGUGACGGUGUCCAUUGUUACAUAGGUUCUGUUAAAAUAAACAGCUAUUUCCCCGUAGGUGGUUUCGAAAUUAUACAUCUUGCAAGGCUGAAUACAGAGGUGUGUGUUACUUU